AAACAAAUGUAGACGGAGUGCUCGAGGAGCAACGUAAUUUUAAAACACGGCAAAAUGAGCAGCGAAGACCUAACAGACAUCGUCAUUGAAGCACUUGAGGUGUUUCUGAAUCACAUUCUUUAUGUCCGUAAUCUAUAUCCGGAGCAAAUUUUCCAAAAACGACGCGUAUACAAUGCACCCGUUUAUGUUUCCAUCUUUCCGCCACUUAAUGCCUACAUUCAUAGCGUCCUCCGUGCAGCGCGUGAACUACAGCAACGGGGAGAGUUGCAAAGUGUCCUACUACAGUUCUACCAUGACGAAUUGCCACUGAACGAGUGUUUCACGUUCGAAAUCAAAAAAUUUCAGCCCCCUGCAGAGGCUCAAGGGAAAGAGGAAGCGCAGUCAACAUUGUUAUGGGAUGAUAAAUUCUUCAUCGAUUUCGAACAGCAACUGCGUAAUUCACUUUAUAAAUUAGUUGAGCGCUUAAACCCAUUAGCAAAGCUGCCAAAGGGUGCAAAAUUUAAAGUUGCGCUUAAUACGACGCAGGAGGCUUUUGUAAAGUUCAGCCAUAGUUCAGCAAACCAGGGUUUUCCUUGGCUUUGUGAUGGCUUAAAAAAGGAAGCAGGAAAGCGUGUAAUAUCCCUGCUACCACUUACCCGUUUGGACAGCAUUGGAUUAAAGCUUAAUCUGGAAUUAUCUUAAACACAUUUAACUAUUUGGCGGCCGCCGUGGCCGAAUGAGUUAAUGCGUGACUACCAUUCGGAAUUCAGAAAGAGAACGUCGGUUCGAAUCUCGGUGAAAUAUCAAAAUUAAGAAAAAGUUUUUUCUGAUGGCGGUCGCCCCUCGGCAGGCAAUGGCAAACCUCCAAGGGUAUUUCUGCCAUUAAAAAGCUUCUCAUAAAAAAUAUCUGCGGUUCGGAGUCGGCUUAAAACUGUAGGUCCCUCCAUUUGUGGAACAUCAAGACGCACACCACAAAUAGGAGGAGGAACUCGGCCAAAAACCCAAAGAGUGUUUACCGCCCAAUUAUAUAUAUAUAUAUAUACAUUUGACUAUUUUAAGCAUACGAUUGUAUAUUCUACUUUUAGGGAGAGUUAAAUUAUAGCAGUAUUUUAUUUGUUUAGACAACAUUUCAGUUUUUAUACAUGAAUUAAAAAAAGAAAUUCCACAGGUCACAUUUAAAGCAA